GACGGGAAGGUGAGGAAGGAGCCCAGCCUCGCUCGCUCCGUCCAGCUCGCUGCUGCCAUGGCCGUGAGGACCUGGGGGCUGGCGCUGCUCCUUCUGCUGGGGCUGGGGUCCCAGGAAGCUCUGCCCCCACCCUGUGCGAGCCAGAUUUACUGCUAUGGCGAGCUCCUGCAUCAGGUUCAGAUGGCCAAGCUCUACUCUGAUGACAAGAACUUCGUGGAUAUGUCACUGUCCAAAGAUCCAGACCAAGUCCUGCAGAGUUUCCGCGCGCUGGCCACGGCCCACAAUGGCAGUAUCCCCAGACAGCAGCUGCAGGAGUUCGUCCAUCAACACUUCCGGUCUGUGGGGCAGGAGCUGCUGGCCUGGACCCCCGAGGACUGGAAAGACAGCCCCCAGUUCCUACAGAGGAUUUCAGAUACCAAGCUGCGUGCCUGGGCAGAGGACCUGCACCAGAUCUGGAAGAAGCUGGGUAAACAGAUAAAGCCGGAAGUUCUCAGCAACCCUGAGCGAUUUUCUCUGAUCUACUCAAAACAUCCUUUCAUUGUGCCUGGCGGGCGCUUUGUUGAGUUCUACUACUGGGACUCCUACUGGGUCAUGGAGGGUCUGCUCCUCUCUGAGAUGGCCGAGACAGUGAAGGGCAUGCUGCAGAACUUCCUGGACCUGGUCAAGACCUAUGGACACAUCCCCAACGGUGGACGCAUAUAUUACCUGCAGAGGAGCCAGCCGCCCCUCCUGACCCUCAUGGUGGACCGCUAUGUGGCUCACACCAACAACACCGCUUUCCUGCGGGAGAACAUCGAGACCCUAGCCUUGGAGCUGGACUUCUGGACCGUGAACAGAAGCGUCUCUGUGAACUUGGGAGGACAGAACUACACCCUGAAUCGCUAUUAUGUUCCCUAUGGGGGACCCAGGCCGGAGUCCUAUAGCAAAGAUGAGGAGUUGGCAAACACCUUGCCGGAAGGGGAUCGAGAGGCUCUGUGGUCCGAGCUCAAGGCUGGGGCUGAGUCAGGUUGGGACUUCUCUUCCCGCUGGCUGGUUGAAAGCCCAAACCUUGACUCGCUCAGUAGCAUCCAAACCAGCAAACGGGUGCCAGUUGACCUGAAUGCCUUCCUGUGCCAGGCAGAGGAGCUGAUGAGCAACUUCUAUGCCAGACUGGGGGACGAUGUCCAGGCUGCCAGGUACAAAGCCCUGAGGAACCAGCGCCUGACUGCCAUGCAGGCUGUCCUGUGGGAUGAGCAGAAGGGGGCCUGGUUUGACUAUGACCUUGAGAACAUGAAGAAGAACCUCGAGUUUUAUCCCUCCAACCUCGCCCCACUCUGGGCCGGCUGCUUCUCUGACCCUGGUGUUGUGGACAAAGCUGUGAAGUACUUAGAGGACAACCAGAUCCUGACUCACCAGUAUGGGAUCCCGACCUCUCUCCACAACACAGGCCAGCAGUGGGACUUUCCCAAUGGCUGGGCCCCCCUGCAGGACCUGGUCAUCAGAGGCUUGGCCAAGUCACAGUCACCUCAGACCCAGGAAGUGGCUUUCCAGCUGGCCCAGAAUUGGAUCCGGACUAACUUUGACGUCUACUCGCAGAAGUCAACCAUGUAUGAGAAGUAUGACGUCAGCAGGGGACAGGCAGGAGGCGGAGGGGAGUAUGAAGUCCAGGAGGGAUUUGGCUGGACCAAUGGAGUAGCCUUGAUGCUCAUGGACCGCUAUGGUGACCGGCUAACCUCAGGGACCCAGCUGGCUCUCCUGAUGCCCCAUUGCCUAGCAGCCACCUUUCUGUUCCACCUCCUGCUGGGCUUCCUGUCACAGUGACCAUGGUGGCCCCAAGGACUGACCAGGAGUGUGGCUUCACCCCACUCAUCUGGCAUGCCACUGGGCUCCAGGUCCCGCCUCAGGAGCCAUCUGCACCUGGCCUAGUGUGGUGGUGUGAGCUGGUAAUGCUGGGAAGCUGGGCUGCUGGGUAGCUUAGGAGACACUGCCUCAAAUAAAACACAAAAAUAGAAGGCCCUGGGCUCAGUCCCAGGCACUAGAAAAAACUGCA